CCUCCCUCCCCGCUUGCCUCGGCACCAGUUUUGUGCAGACCAUCGGCCCGGCAAUGGACCCUCCCCCAGGCGCGCCGGCCUCGGCCAGUCCGCUGGAUGAUGUGUCCCUGAGCUCGAUGCUUUCGUCGCGGCGGUUCCUCCGGCGGUCGGUGUUCUCGCUGCCGGAGGGGGCCGUGCCGCCGGCUGGCGCGCCAGACGCCCCGGCUCAGGUCGGCCGAGUGACGAUCCUCCAAUCGUCGGCUGCCGACGAGGAGCCCAGCGACCCGGGCCCCGUCCCGGCCUCGGCUCCCAUCAGCCGACGGCUGACCACCGUUCGCCCGGUCGCGCGCGAGACGGCACAGCUGCGCGAGGCCCGCUUGCAGGACUGCCAGCUGUGUUUCCUGCGCCACCAGGAGGCCCCUCCACCGGCGGGGUCGGACUUUGAUUUCCGCACGGCGCCGGUGGCCGCGCCGUACCGGUGCAACCGCUGCCAGGUGCCCUACUGCUCGGUCCGGUGCUUCGCCGACUCGCCGCUGCACGUCCGCUGCCGGGAGGACUUCUCCCGCGACCAGGUGGUUGGCGAGCUGCGUGGCAAGCGGGCCGACCGGGAGGACGGCCGGGCGGUGGUCCGGGCCCUGACCCGGGCCUGGCACGAGGAGCGGCCCGGUGCGGCGGCAAUCCGGCCGGAUCGAGCUUUCGAUGAUGCGACGGACGCCGCAGCCGGCGAGCUGACCGAUGGGGAGGAGGCGCCGGCGGACGAGCGCGGCCUCGAGGCAUUGGCCGACCCGGAAAAUGCCCCGGCCCCGGCCCUCUGGGCGUCCAUCAGUGCGGAGGACCGUCUGGAGCUUGUGCGAGCCAUCCUCCUUGGCGAUCCGGAGCAGGCCACCGAGGAGGCACGCACCCUGCGCGAGCACCUGACGGCGGGCAUUGAGGCCAUCCGCGCGGCCGGGACCGCGCGGCCGGACGACACGCCCGAGGCCAUUGGCGUGGCGCUCUUCGAGCAGAUGAUCUCCCCCCCGGCGGCGGCUGGGCCCGGCCAGCGGGCAGCAGCCGCCGAUGGCGACCCCGCCGCCCUGGACAUCACGUCCGUGGCCGAGCUUCGGGCGCGCGAAAUGGACCAGGCCCGGCGCUGGGCCCCAUGGUGGGCGACCCGGCGACGGGCGGCCCCCCGGCCGGAUGGCGUUCCCUCGGUCCUCCUUCACCCGGAGGAUGUCGCACAUGGGGCACGCUCCGGGUGUGCCCUCUUCCAGCAGGCCCUUUCAACUCGCCUGCCGCCGAGCAUCAACCACCUGGUCAUCCUGGUCCAGCUGCUGGACUUCCUCCUGGCAUACAGUUAUGUUGUCCGGCUGCAUGGUUUCAGUGGAGCCGGCGAUGCGUCGGCCUGCAGCCCGAGCUGCCUAUCCUGCCGGCCGCAUGUCAUCGAGGAGGACGCCAUCCCGCCGGCGGCCGGCGGCCCGUGUGAGGGCCUGCUCUUCCGGGACUUCCUGGCCGUUUCCCGGCUGUAUGGCGCGGCUGUGGUCGAUGGACGCCGGGAGCUGCUGAACAUCGAGAAGGCGGCGGCGGCGGCGGCCACCCUGGCCGCGCAGCCCGCCCCCUCGGCCGAUGCCGAGCCGCCAUCGCCGGUCGUUGUGCUUGCGGCCGAGAAUGCCGAUGGGCAGCCCGCGCCGGUUGUCGCCCUGCAGCAGGUUCUCUGGUACUGCGUGUCGGCUUUUGCGCUGCACGUUCGACUGGACCGGGGGCUCUUUGUGUCGGACGCCUUCACCAGCGCGGCGGUGGACGAUGUGGCGACCAUCCUCGGGGGCCAGGGGGCGCCGCACCUCCCAUCGGGACCCGUCUCCAAUGGCGGCCAGGAGGCCGUGGUGUCGGCGCUGCUGCACGUGCAGGGCUGGGCGCUUGGUUGCGGCCGGGCGGCCGAUGCGUGCCCCCAUGCAGGCCGGCGCGGCUCGACCGUGGCCUCCCCGGGGCUGCGGCGGCGGCAGCGGACGGCCUCGCAAUCUGGGCCCAAGCCGGAUGCCCGGCGCGCGGUGACCCAGGCCUGCAUGCGCCUGCGGCUGACGACCGCUUGGGUGGUGGCCGGCGGGCUGGGGACCGCCACGGCCGACCUGGCUGGUGACGACGCCAGCCAGUCGACCCUCGGCGGCGGGGACGGGGACGGGGGCAGCGAGGCCGAGCGUCUGCUCGGGGUGGUGUCGCCCCUGUUGCAGCAGCGGCAUCGGCCGGGCCCCGCCGGCACGCACCGCCCGGUCGUGGUGGCCGGCGAGCCCUCAGGCGCCGGAGAUGUGGAGAGCGCCGGGCCGGUCACGCCGGCGGGCCGGCUGGCGCGCGAGCUCCGUCUCCUGGUGGCCGGGCUCCAAAGUCAGCAGGCCCUGGUGGACAUGCUUGGUCAGUCGAUUGCCCGGAUGUUGCGGCAUCCCGACGGCCGGGGUGGCCGUAGCACGGCCAGCCCGGAGGAGGUCGAUAGUUGAGCCCGGGCGCGGUCGGCGAAAGCCCCCCUCCCCCCCCCCCUCCAAUGAAGAUCUCUUCGUGC